UACAUGAUCAUUCUUCCGUUUCUCUCGGUUCCCUCUCCGCAUCAGUUACUAUUUCCGGCGUCAGUUACUUGGCCCAAACUAAAUUCAUUUCAUUUGUUAACACAAGGUCGGUUAGGGAAGAACGAUUCCUACCACAAUUCUCUUCCCACUCUGCACCAUGGAGUCGUCGUGGUCGUGGUCGCGCUCGAUCACCGAGACUGUGAACGGGUCCCACCAAUUCACCAUCAAGGGUUACUCCUUGGCGAAAGGGAUGGGUCCGGGCAGGCACAUUAUGAGCGGCACCUUCAACGUCGGUGGUUAUGAUUGGGCCAUUUACUUCUACCCUGAUGGCAAGAACCCUGACGACAAUUCCACCUACGUUUCGGUCUUCAUUGCACUGGCCAGCGAGGGAACCGAUGUCAGGGCGUUGUUCAAGCUCACGCUGCUCGAUCAGACCCAGAACGGCAACCAUAAAGUCCACAGUCAUUUCGAUCGCCCACUAGAGAGGGGCCCUUACACCAUCAAGUACAGAGGCAGCAUGUGGGGUUACAAGCGAUUCUUUAAAAGAGCGUUACUGGAAACAUCAGAAUAUCUGAAAGACGAUUGCCUUAUCAUGCAAUGCACUGUAGGUGUUGUGAAAACCCGUCUUGAGGGUUUUAAACCGGGGCUCAUUGUGCCAGAUUCAGACAUGGGCCGAGACUUUAAGGACUUGUUGGAAUCCGAAAUUGGUUUUGACAUAGUUUUCAAGGUCAAGAGUGAAAGCUUCAAAGCUCAUAAGUUGAUACUUGCUGCCCGAUCUCCUGUCUUCAGAGAGCAGUUUUCUGGAGGAGUUGGGGAUCCUAGCAUAGAUGAAAUAGUGGUUGAUGAUAUUGAGCCUUUUGUCUUCAAGGCAAUGCUUCUCUUCAUUUACACAGACAAACUUCCUGAGAUGUCCGAUAUUAUGGGCUCAAUAAAUAUGUGCUCGUGUACUGUCAUGGUGCAGAAUCUGUUAGCUGCUGCUGAUCUCUAUAAUCUUGAUCGUCUAAAACUACUGUGUGAAUCAAAAUUGAGUGAAAAAAUCAACACUGACACUGUUGCCACAACACUUGCCCUGGCUGAGAAACAUCAUUGUCCGCAGCUUAAGGCCAUCUGUUUAAAAUUUAUUGCAAAUCCAGUAAACAUAGGAGUGGUAAUGCUGUCGGAAGCUUUUGAACAUUUGAAAGAAGGUUACCCUAAGAUGCUGUCGGAAUUGCUCAAGACAUUUGCAUCAGUAGAUGAUAAUUCAAGCCAACCAUCAAGCAGGAAAAGAAGUGGCAGCAGAAUACACCGGCAAGAUUUAGUGGAUGGUGCUGCUGCUGAAUCUGUUAAUCCAAAUGGCAGGUCUCUCAGGAGGCGUACAUGGUGAUAGAGUAAAAACCCUGAAUGGAAGUGCAAUAUAGCUAUGGAACUUUGCAUGUGAAUAUGAGUGAAUUCAUCAUUUCGUUUCACCUGCUCCUAUAUAUAGCUCUCUCUUGAGUCUCAAGUAUUUAGCCUUGACAACAUUUUGAAUGGUAGUUUGACAUUAGAUCAUAUCAGUUCUAGUGUAGGGUAUAAUACUAUAAUCAUGUUUGAUGUCUUUAAUAAAAAAUAAAUAGGUAUAUAUUGAAACUAUUGAAUUUAAUCUACCAUGAUAGAC